AUGGAUCCCCGAUCGCACCCUUCGCGGCCUGCCUCCACCCUCUCCCAGGGCUCCGCACCGCUCUCCUCGACCCCCAUCUCGAGUAUGCCGAUGCCUCAAUACUCGAUGCAGCCGCAGUACCCGGUGUCGCAGCCGCACACUCUGCCGCCGCUCCAGCCUCAUCACACUCAGUCGCCCGCGCCGCAUCCCUACAUGAGCCAGCCAUACCGGCCCGACCUGUCACGGUUUCCCGCGUCGACUCACGACGUGUACGGGGCGUCGACUGCCCCCAUCAUGCCCGGCAUGCACACGACCGCCCACCCCUCUCAGUCGUACCCCCCGCCUCCGAGCGUGUUGCCUCCUGCGUCGAGCGCGCAGAGCUACCCUCAGCCCAUUGCUCCGGCCCCGCCGCGUGACCGUCGCGACUUCAACGGUCUUCCCUCCGGGGCUUUCAGCUAUUCCGAUGGCAAGUCUUGGGGCAUGAGCCCCGACGUGAAUGGCGCGAAUGGCUCGCCCUACGGGGCCAAGGAACCGCCACGGACGCAGGUCGUGGGCUCUCAGGGCCGCCGUGGUAUCCUGCCUAGUGUUCCGGGCCGUGCGACUCCUGUCACCAACGGCAUCAACGGUGCUGCAAAGAGCACCACCAUUCCGGCCAAGGAUGCGGAUGGCAAAUUCCCUUGCCCACACUGUAACAAGACCUACUUGCACGCUAAGCACCUGAAGCGCCAUUUGCUGAGACACACUGGAGAUCGGCCUUACAUGUGUGUCCUCUGCAAGGACACCUUUUCUCGCAGUGAUAUCUUGAAGCGCCACUUCCAGAAGUGUUCAAUUCGUCGGGGUAACCCCACGGGUGCGACCCACCUGUCGCACCCUCAGGCCCAUCUGAAGCGGUCGCAGCAGGCGGCGGCCGCAGCAGCAGCGGCGAACCCCGCUAAGCCUAUGGAUGAAGUUAGUAAUCCCGCCCCAUCUUCCAAUGGUGUUAUGGGUGCGCAAUUCAGCGACGGGCACGUGAAUGGAAAUGGAAUGCCCGUUGGUCGUCCCACUUUCCAUGAGCAGCAGCAUCAUAUGGGGUUCGCGAUGUCGCCGGCCAACGGUAUGAGCCGUGGUCCGAGUGACAACGCGUAUGCCGAUCAGGCAUCCGCGCGAGCUUCCUGGAUGGCUGCGCCCAAGCAGAAUCCGUACCUCAUGCAGUCCGGCACCGAUGCCCAUGGCCAGCAACUGAGUGUUGAUCGUCCUCUUGAACAGCACGGUCCAUCCGACGGUUAUAUGAACCCCGUUUUCCCCCACUCCAUGGCUACCGGCCAGGAAUCGAUCCACGCCCCCGUCGAUGCGGAUCGUAAGUUCUACCCCGCCACGACCGCCGGCGGCCCCGAGAGCGGUAUGAACGGAUUGUACCUGGCUUCGACUACUCUGAGCGGUGAUGGUACCGUUCAGCCUGCACGACAGUAA